UCAGGACUUUGUGUACCUUCAGUGUGCUUUGUGACUGACUGUGGGCUUGUGUGCGGGUAUGUGCACCGGUGGGGGGUGGGGGGUGGGGGGUGAUGGAUAGAGAGCGAGAGAGAGCGCAAAAGGAGAAAAAAAAAGAGGAAGAGGGACUUUCAGUUCUCAGUGUGACUUUAGCCGACGAGGGAAGUUAACUCGCUCCCCCCCACCCACCCUUUCCCCGUGGACUCCGGACUUUGGAAGCUACUUCCUCACCGAGUUUGCUCUCCUUUGUAGCACUUUUUUUUCGCCCAGAAAUUUGAAUUUUGUUUUAAAAGGCUACCCGGUGUGGUGCUGUCACGAUACCCUCGUGGGGCGGUGGAAACCGUCAGAGGGACCAGACAGGCAGGAGGGCUCUGCUGACAGUACUUUUGCUCAGAGGGAGCUGGCUGCCUGGGCGUUGUUUGCUGACACGCGAGCUCUGGCUCACAGGACCAUAAUAGCCUUCACGACCGCAGGAGGCAAACAACAGGGGUCAAGCCCGCCUUUGCUCCCACCAAAAUGCCCAAAAUUCACCCAGCUAAAGUAAACAUCGCAUUUGCAACUGAAUUAGGUCGUCACAAAACGCAGACCAGCGCGUACAGGAAUGAUGGCCCCCUGGUGGACACAAGCCUACUACUGGCCUGCACAACCGACUCAUGACGGCAGUAAAUGAUUUAUCUGUGCGUGGAGGGUGUGAGGCGCCUGAGCAUCACUGAUACGAGGGGAAACGGCAGAGAAGUCUGGAUUCAGUUCAGUUCAAACACUUCUGAGCAGGAGUCGUCAUGACCUGCACCUCAAAGUGCAGGUCUACUCCCUUAAGCAGAAAAACUGCACUUCUUAUGCAGCUUCAAGCCUGAAGUGGUCCAACAGCAGACUCACCCAUCCCAUCAUGCUCAUCUGCUUCCGACAGAUCACCAUAGAAACCUGCACAAGAGGGGGAGAAUAAGAGUUUAAUGCCUCAGAUGGAAUCAGACUGUGUUAGAGAUUUCAGUGAAGUUACGCAGUGAAGGCAUGCGUCGUCUAUCCUCUGCCACACGUGUUGGCGCACAGACACACUGGCGCAUUGUGCAGCACGUUCGAACUGAUGCACUGCCCAGUAAUAUGAUUUCAAUAGGGAAGGGGGUUGCAGACCUUUGUUACAGCCUCGGCUCAAUAAAUCACAUCUGACACCAACAUGAAAAGCUGCCCUUCACCUUUCGUGGGGACCAAAAGGGUGAGGACACAUGACCUUCACCCAGGCCCCUGAAGGCCUGUUAGAAAACCACCUAGUGCCGACUCCAUUACCAUAGCAACGGGCAUCCACGCCUCUGUCUUUACUGCACUGUCCAUGUGGCUUGGCCAUACAAUGGCUGACAUUACAGCUCUCUAUCUGCCCCAGCUCCAGGGCAAAUGGCCCAAAGUCAACCCGGCGAGAUCAAACAGAUGAAUUUUACAACCCUAAUCUCCCCUAUCUGUGCCAAUUGUCGCAGGGAGCUGAUAACAGAGGCAGCCCAGACCCCCCCACCGAGGUAGAGAUGGCAAUUUCAUUGGAACAGACACUCUUUGGGAUUCUGUAAGAUAGGACGCUACAAACACAUUUUCAAUAUGGUGCAAUAAUCAAUAUAUUAUGUCUAUAUUUAAUCAAGGGGGUUUUGUGAAAUAAAUUCAUAGUGAAGAAUCUCUGGAAUUAACCUUCCACUGAUAUUAUAUGAUGGUCACUGUAUUUUAAGAAAACAACAAAUGAAGUAUGAAGCAAUUCCUGGAUGAACAGGCCAUACAAACAAACAGUACAAACAAAACAUGCCCUUCAGAUACACACUAAUCCAGUAUACUGUAACAGGCAUCAUGUUGGAAGCAGUGUGACCAGAAAGUUCCAGAAACCUCCUUACUAGCAAUGAAUCCCCCCCCAAAAAACAGAAUUGAGGCUUGCCAAGUCAGCAUUGCAACACACAAGAGGGUCAUUCGCUUUGCAGUGGUCCCAGUGAUCCCCUGUUUCUCAGGGUUGAUGCCCCUGCCUCGUCAGUGAUGUGCUGGAGAGGUUGUCACAGGGACCUGGAGGAGCCCUUAAAAGGCACUUAAUGUGAUUAACCUCUACCCCGGUCAUCCUCACACGUACAUCAUAAGCAAUACUCGUUGCCUGGUAACCACAAAAAACUGAUGGCCACCCAACAGAUCCUUAUUCCAGCUGCCAUGGCCUCCUCGAUGAUGUCUCAUGUCUGAAACAGAGCGAAGGUGUUUGAGAGAAAGAGCCAAGUGCCAGUGCACAGUCCCAAAUUACAGUCCAUGCCUGUAGGGAUAAUAGGAGGAUUCCUUAGACGGGGAAAGAAAUAAGUGUCUUUUAUUUGAAAAUGACCUCUAAGCCUUCAAAUUCCAGUUUAUUAGUGCCUAGGGCCAAUCAGUUCUACUGAGACCAGCUGGCAUUUUACAAUCCUGCAAAAAAAAAAAAAAAAAAAUUAUAUAUAUAAAUAAUCUUAAGCACUUAAGUUGGAUAAAAGCAACUGUGCAUUCCAUAAAUCAGGUCAUUCUUGGGUUUUAUUAUCUUAAUUUUGAAUUUUUAUAUUCUUUUCUUCUAAUAAGAAACUGUUAUUACCUAGUUAAAAUGCACAGACUUGAUCUGGCUGAGAAACCAGUUAAUUAAUUGAUCAAUUAUUUAAAUAAUUGGGGAAAUACAGCAGAACACAAAAGAAACAUUGUUUUAUUUGCUUCCAUGUGUUCAUUUCCCCCAAUAACAAACCUUGCGUCCUUGUACUAGGUUAUACAGUGAAGUCAUAUAUAAUUUACGUAAAUUAAUUUGUUCACAACUUGGGAUCUGGAUGAUAAGGUGGCCCCCUUUGUUUUUAAAUCAAGCUUUAGGUCACACAUUCCUGCCCGUUUCCAGCGUGUUAGGUGUUACAGCACGGGCGCUUUCGCCAAGUUCAAAAGUUCACCGUUUACGAGCGCUUCAGGACCAAUGACCCAUGUCCAAAUAAAAACUUUCCUGUUGUUGACUCCUCUCCAGCCAAACGCAUCUGUCCCUCCUUACUCGACGGAAAAGCCCUUACACUUCUUUCAAAGAAUACUAUUUCCGUACCAGUGACUUAAGGAUUUAAACAAGGAAAAAUAAAGAAAUUUAUCCAUCAUUCUUCCUCCAACCUCAUCUCAAAAUAACUUGCAAGCUUGCUGCUGGAAAUUGCUGGAAUCUAUAAAAGCAGCAACAAACCGAGAUUACAGAUUACAGAUUUUAACAAUUACAGAUUUUAAAAUGUAUUUAUACAAAUAAAAGCGAUGUUAUAACACUGACACAUACAUAACCACAGAUAAAUACACAGCCAGAAACAAAACACAUGCAUAGCGAAAUGUACACAAAAAGACAUUAUCCUACCAUUUGAUGUCGUCCCAUAAUUUUUGUCAGAGAGGUGAAUCCCGGUUGUUUUGUCGACCAUGUCUAUUGUUUUACUUCAUGAAAAGUCGCACUCUUGCCAAACAGCUACUGAUGCAUUUGUUUUUAAAAGCUACACUAGAGCGUUAACUUGCGAAAUGUCAGUGUCCGCUUCCAUGCGCACAGUAACCCACAAGCGCGAAGAUGCCCGGGGAACGACCACGGCAUCUUGCCCCCCCGAGCAUUCCUCAGCCAAUCACGAACGCCCGAGGGUGACGUAGACCCCGGUGUACUCUGGGUCGUGUAGGAACCAGCACGAAUUGCCACCUGUUGUGUAGUCCAACAUCGAAAUGACAAGGGAACAGGUUGACGCGUAAAAAUGUCGGAGGCUAUUGUAAAAUGUUUAUCGUUAUUACACAUUUUUGAGAUCCGUGAUUACAGAUGACGGUUUUUCACAGAUUACAGAUGCAACAAACACACAGACUCUUUCACAUUUUAGAAUAUUACAAACCAGCUAAACUAAGGACAUUAACAUAUAUUAAAAUGACCGAUCCCUGGCAUAGCUUCUACCUUCUCCUUCAUUAAUGAACAAGUAUUUCUUUGCUAUCAAACAGACUCUUUAGAAACCCACCUCCAGAGAACAUCUCACCCUCCACCUCAGCCCAGAGGCUUGGAAUGUGAUCCUUCACAUCACGCCAGGCCUCGACCAGGUUCUGUAGCUGCUGCCCCAUUCUGCCGUCUUACCUGUUCUGUGGGGUCUGCACUGUUUUAUGCAUGUCCAGAAUCAUAUGCAUGAGACUUGUCAGGAUUGGGUGAUUGUUUUAGAAUCAGCUCUACUUUGUAAAUAUGGUCCCUCUGAUUAUAAUAAAAAAUGAUGUUUUACUAUAGAUGUUCUAUAACCUAUCAUCGUUUAUAAUUGCAGUCUUAUACCAUCCGUAACUUUUCAAAAAACAUGCCAGAGUAAAUGGCUGACCCCACACUGGUCUUGCAUAGCAGCGGCGCAUUGCUGCACUGUGAGUUAAUGAAGGACCAAGCCUCGCCAGCAGGUGGCGCAAAACUUAACAGCAGCAUUUCCGAGUAGCUCGCAUAGUCUUGGCGCUCUCAAACUGGUUUUCAAUUCCGUUCAGAUUUCAAAUGUCAAAUAAUCAUUAAAUCAUAUCUGACCUUUAAAAACAUUUACAUUUACAUUUAUGGCAUUUUGCAUACGCUCUUACUCAGAGCGAGUUACCAAAAAUGAUUUUAUCAUCUACUUAUAGAAUACAUCCUAGCCAGUGCAACAGGUUAGAGUCCAAGAUACCAUUGAACUAGAAUACUGCUAGAUAAAGGAAUCAAUACUGACACCCAGAAAGAAUUACAAAAUCAGCGCAAGUAAAAUUAUAGUUGUGUUAAGGAAUAAUCACCUAAAUUAGCUGCAAAAAUGCAGGCUCCAUGCCUUCUAUAAGCCUACAACGACGUUUUCAUAUCGAUCACACUUUACUACCGUUUGGGUAAUGCAUGUGAGUCAUUUCAUUGUUAUAUCACUUCAGGGUGCAAUCUUAUAAAUUACUUUGCACAUCUGUUUAAUGUACAAAGUUAUCAAAUGAACUGAAUUAAUUAAGUAUUCAAUUACACGUUUUAGGUAUUAUGCAUUUUCUGUAUUUACCUUGCUUUGUGCACAUUGUAUUGUGCAUUUUCCGGUCUUUUCUGUAGAUUCUUAUUUUAGGUUAUUUUAUGAAAUGUUUUUACUUUUUCGGGUAAUUCUGGAACCGUUACUAACUGAACUAUCAACGAUAAUAGUAAACAAGUCAAUAAAUAAAAUAUUUAGAAAAGUGUGAUUAGCUUGUCCUUCAGUAUCCAGCACAAACGUCAUUUAGUGGUUGGGUUUGCCAUAUAUUUGCUUGUGUUAUUAACUUUACCUUUGCUCCAUUCUCAAAGAGAAAAUGACCUUAGUGCCUGUGUAACUUACUCACAUUAUAUAUAUCUAUGGAGUUACAUAUAUUUACUAAAUGUCACCAUGAUAAGAAAACGUAUAAAUAUUAACCAGUUUGGACCGGUCUAGUAAAAAAAAUGUUUAAAAAACAACAACAAAUACUUGUAUUAGAUAAACAAUCUAGAUGUUUUGGCAACAUUUUCAUGUCUUUUAAACCUGUACUGUCUUCAGCCCCGUCUGUGAUAGAAUCAGAUAAAGUGGUUACUGUCAUGAGACGCAACCUCAGUGUGGAUAUUCCGAAUCUCCACCCACUCUGUAACUUCCUUUAAAUUGCACAUAAGAGAUUUAAAUUUGCACUGCAUGUUAUGGGUGUAAACUAUGGUAUAUGGGUUGUACUGCUGGACACAAAAUCAGACUAAAUCAGUUCCCAUCGUAGCCAAGGCUUCUGAACCGUCAGAAUGCUGUGCGUUAGCGCGAUACUGUUCGCCUCCAUUUUCAGAGAGUGCAGCGCUCGUCCUGACAAGCUGGUGAACAACAGGCCGAUAAUUGGCAUUUUGACGCAAGAGGUUCAGGACCCUGAUAUGAAACCAUAUGGAAGAACAUACAUCCCCUCGUCGUAUGUAAAGUAUAUUGAAUCCGGCGGUGGUCGAGUAAUUCCAAUUAGACUUAACCAGACCAGAGAAGACCAUGAAAAAACGUUCAAGUCCGUCAAUGGACUUCUCCUCAUUGGGGGAACGGUAGACCUGCAGACUUCUGACUUUGCCCACGCUGCUAAGAUUUACUUCCGUCUUGCCCUUAAGGCCAAUGAUGUGGGUGACUACUUCCCCAUAUGGGGAACGUGUCUGGGCUUCCAGCUCCUCACUGUACUGGUGGCCGAAGAGAAUCUGUUGAGCAAAACCCCUGCGGAGAACAUCUCCCUCCCUCUAAACUUCACCUCAGAGGCCGCGUCCAGCCGCAUGUUUGAGGCCUUCCCACCUGAGCUGCUCACAGCCCUCUCACAGGAGGCACUGGCGGCAAAUUUCCACCAUUUUGGAGUGACAGACCAGAUGUUCAUGAGGAACGAGAAGCUAAGAAGUUUCUUUUCCGUGUUGUCGUUAAACAAAGCAGAGAAUGGAGUCGUCUUUGUCUCAACCAUGGAAGGCAGGAAGUACCCCUUCUAUGGGGUUCAAUGGCAUCCAGAAGUUAACCGUUUUCAGUGGAAUCCUCUCUACAGUUUUCCUCAUUCCCGAAAUGCCGAGCGCAUGUCAUCACUGCUGGCAGAAUUUUUUGUGAAUGAAGGAAGGAGAAGUUCCCACCACUUCAUUCAGGCAGAAGAGGAGAGCAAAGAACUCAUAUACAACUAUAACCCUCUUUAUGUAGCAAACUUCACUUCAUAUGAGCAGAUAUAUUUCUUCUAACUCACAAACGCUGAUCUGUAGCAAAUCAAUUUUCUCAGGGCAUUUCAGUGUGUGUGUGUGUGUGUGUGUGUGUGUGUACAGUGGAAGCAUCAAUGCUGAAACACCUACAGUAUUGAAUUAACUCUUACAGUAUUCAUAUUUGUUCAGUUCCACUUAUAUUAAA